CACAGCAAAGGAUCCGGUCUCUAUUUAAACACCCCUACCUUCCUCCACGCCCCGACCAAGCCAUCUUGCGCUGAAUGGUUCUCGUAACGCUAACAAUCAAAGGUCCUCGUAACGGAAGCACCACGGUUUUCCUUAGUAACCCCUCCUCCCUUCCCUACCUCAUUUCAGUAUCCACACCCCAAAACACAAUCUUUCGACCCUCUUAAACCCGACAGCAUGUGCAAUACCAGCGUCGCCGGCAAGCCCCAUCUCUCCCUUCCACUGGUUUCUCCUACAAAGCCGGGUAAGAACCAGAGCCACUCGCCAACGAGAGAAACUAUAACCAAGCCUCACCUACUGCUUCCCCUGCCGCCUCCGGCUGAGACUCUGAAGGAGGCGGCCGCCCUCUUCCGCCUCUCCUUUCCCAUCGCCGUCACCGCCCUUCUCAUCUACUCCCGCUCCGUCCUCUCCAUGCUCUUCCUCGGCUUCCUCGGCGAUCUCCCCCUCGCCGCCGGUUCUCUCGCCAUCGCCUUCGCCAACAUCACCGGCUACUCCGUUCUCUCUGGCCUCUCCCUCGGAAUGGAGCCCCUCUGUUCGCAGGCCUUCGGCGCGAAGCAGCCUAAGCUCCUCUUCCUCACCCUCCACCGCUCUGUUAUAUUUCUCCUCUGUUCUUCUCUCCCCAUUGCCGUCCUCUGGUUCCACAUGUCCAAGAUCCUCCUUUUCCUCGGCCAAGACCCCGAAAUCACCUCUCUCGCCCAAAGUUACCUCCUUUAUGCCCUCCCCGACCUCAUCUCCUUCUCUUUUAUCCAUCCCAUUAGAAUCUACCUUCGGUCGCAGGGCAUCACUCGUCCCCUGACCGUCGCCGCUGCUGUCUCCGCCGCGCUCCACCUCCCCGCGGGGCUCCUCCUGGUCGGUCGCCUCCGCCUCGGCGCUUCCGGCGUCGCCGCCGCCUCCGCCACGGCCAACCUAUCCUUCCUCCUCUGCCUUCUCCCUCACCUCCUCCGCGACCCGGCAUGGCGGGCCCCCACCUCCGAGGCCCUAGCCGGGUGGGCCCCCCUCGCCCGCCUCGCCGCCCCGAGCUGCGCUUCCGUCUGCCUUGAGUGGUGGUGGUACGAGCUAAUGAUCCUCCUCUGUGGCCUCCUCCCUGAUCCCAAGCCCGCCGUCGCGUCCAUGGGAGUCCUCAUCCAAACCACUGCCUUGCUCUACGUUUUUCCUUCUUCACUCGGGUUCGGGGCGUCGACGCGGGUGGGGAACGAGCUGGGGGCCAACCGGCCGGCGGGCGCGCGGGCGGCAGCGGCGGUGGCGGUGGCUGUGGCGGCGGGGAUGGGGGUGGCGGCGAUGGGGUUCGCGGCGGGGGUGAGGAAGCAGUGGGGCCGGAUGUUCACGAGCGAUGGGGAGAUCCUACGGCUGACGGCGGCUGCGCUGCCGAUCGUGGGACUGUGCGAGCUCGGGAACUGCCCCCAGACGGUGGGGUGCGGAGUCUUGAGGGGGAGCGCGCGGCCGGCGCACGCGGCGCACGUUAACCUGGGAGCGUUUUAUUUGGUGGGGACGCCGGUAGCGGUGGGCCUCGGGUUCGGCGUCGGGAUCGGAUUUGUUGGGCUCUGGGUGGGUUUGUUGGCGGCCCAGGUUUGUUGUGCGGGGCUGAUGCUUUGUUUGGUGGGGGCCACGGACUGGGAGGCCCAGGCGCAUAGUGCCCAGAUCCUCACGUGUGCGGGGGAAGGGAAGCACGUGCUGGGGGAUCCGGAGGAAGGGCAAGAAGCUCCGUUGGAGGUAGAGGAGAAGGGGAAGGUGGAUUGCUGCGAAACACUGAUACUGGUCAAAGUGAGUGACCCUCAGAGGGAACAGUGAAACGGAGAGAUGGAGAGGAAUUAAGUGGGGUGCGUUCUGACUUUGAUCACUGACAUGGGCGAGAAAGAACAUAGAUUCUCUCUCUUCUUCUUCUUUUUUUAUUUUUUUGUUCGAAUCUUGCGUCAUUAAUUUUUGGUUGGAGCGGGAGACCGUGAGUUGAGGAAAGGGAAAAAAUUAUCUUCUUUCUUUUCCUGUUUGCAGUUCCUCUAAAAUUAUAAGUGUUAAUUGUUGUAUCUAGUUAACAAAUGUCCUUAUUGAAAUUAUCAAGAGCAAACAUGGUUGAAUGUUAUUUACCAUGCCAUGUUGCAUUAGCCUAAUGCAUUCCACUGAUAUUUGAUA